GGCCCUGUUAAGAUAUACAUGUGUACAUAUACACAUACGGAGCUUUGCUUAUCUUGUAUACGUGACUGGCCAUGAUACAGAACAGACGAGAAUCAUGAAGGUCGUUGUUGUCUUGGCUUAUCUUCAGGGGUUCGCCACACCACACGCUAACCACUGUGUCCUCACCCAGUCAAUUGGAAUACACGCAAACACGGCCAGCAAUACCGCGACUUUUACACUACACAAUUCCCUGAUCCAGGCAUUCCCCACUACCGAGCAGCUCGAGGUGUAUUGCUCCACCAGCGCGCAAUGCGCGGCUGAUGAGUGCUGCGUAAGUUUCUACCAGCCGGAUGGUCGCCGCCGUACCGUCGUCGAACAUUUGGAACCACGACACAUGCGCUUUGUUGACGGCAGUUGUCACAAAAACGGCACCAGUGGCUCUAAGUGCUUUGUGCACGAGCUCUCGACAGGCACGUCUGGUUUGUUCUACGAUUGCCCGUGUACUAGCGGCUACACAUGCCAGGGGUCGGGAAUGGUGGAAGUUCCACUAGGGGAAACUGGGACCUGCCAGGUUGCGGCAGUCACGGUGACGUCGACGCUUCACCAACCAUGCGCUUCCGGUGCGGACUGCAGCGACAACGAGUGUUGCGUCAAUGAUGAUCGACCCAUCGGGAAGCGUUCUCUGAAUAUGGGAUACGCCCACUGUCAGUCUAUGGGAUUGGACGAGUUUGGCUGUUUGGUGCGCUACGGAUCCGGCAAACCUAACGGCACUGUGUUCCGGUGCCCGUGUUCCUCUGGCCUCACGUGUCAUGGCAACCACGUGUUUGACAUGCCGCUGGGCGAGACCGGCACAUGCGGCGCUUGAAACGGGUUUGAUUGCUUGUAACAAGUGGACGACUCAUUCACAUUUCUGUUGUAUAUUACGUUGUUUAGAUUUUAAAAUAAAAACAGAACACCAA